CUCCCCUUUGCUGCGUGGACGCACCUGCUUCCUCUCCCUUUUCUCCGGGCGCCCCGCCUCCCGAUCUGACCUACCCUGUGGUUGGCUCCUGCCCUUUUUGCAUCCCAGGCUGGUUGGUGUGUGCUGUCUCCUCUGAUUGGAUCAACCCCUUUGUGCGAUCCUUUGUCAGCCUUGAUUUCUGAUCCCCGCGUCCCUGUUCUGCUGGUCAUCGUCCUCUUAUUUGCCAAGAUUUCUGGGCUACAGAGCCCGUGUGUCAGACAUUCUGGACAGAAGAGUGUGGCCGUCCGUGACCUCUAGCUGGACUGCUGUGCAGGGGAGCAGUACCGGAUAAAGCGGGAAAGAAACCGUGACUCAGCUUGAGACCUAGAUUGAAAUUGGCUCCAGACUGACCACUAGCAUCCGGGACCUUGACAUAGGACCAUGAGACUUCAGCAUUUGAGACCUGUGCAGCUGCUCUGCCUCGUAGGGGCCAUCUCCACUCUGCCUUGGGCUCGGGCUCUUUUGUGCUAUGAAGCAACGUCCUCCCUCUUCAGAGCUGUUAGUUUCCAGAACUGGAAAUGGUUACUGAUGAGGAGCAUGGUGUGUAAGCUGAGUGAGGGCUGCGAGGAGACGCUGGUGCUCAUCAAGACAGGGAACAGAAGGGGAGUUGUGGGUUUUAAAGGCUGCAGCCCAUCCUCAUCUUACCCCCAGCAAGUCUCCUACCUCGUUUCACCGCCUGGAUUGUCCAUUGCCUCCUAUAGCCGCGUUUGCCGGACAUAUCUCUGCAAUAACCUCACUAACUUGGAUCCUUUUGUGAAACUCAAGGACACUCCUAAGCCUACAACAUUUUCUUCCCUUAGUUGUCCAACCUGCGUCGGGGAGCACUCUCAGGAUUGCCUCCCCAAUUUUGUUACCACCGAUUCUUGCCCCCACAAUGCACCCACGUGUUACAGUUCCACCAUAAAAUUUCAGGCAGGGCUUCUCAAUACCACCUUCCUCCUCAUGGGCUGUGCUCGUGAAUAUCGCAAACUUUUAGCAGAUUUUCGCUAUAUUGGGACCAUCAGAGUGACUGAGGCCCUCAACAUCUUACAGAAGGCCCAGAUUGCUGGUGCAGAGCCCUCCAGUCGGGGUCCUGCUUGGGGCAUCCUCUCAGGCCUCCUGCUUGCCUUUAGGGAAUAUUUAACUGGACCAGACAAACACCCAGACCCUUUCACAUAACCAAAUAAAGUCACAGAGUUACCUUUU